GACGUCGUCCGGACUCUGAAGGGGGCGGGGCGCUGCGUCCAAACAUCCCGCGCGCAGCCGGCGGCGCGGGACAAACACCUGGAGGAGAGCGGAAGCAGCACGCGGACUGGCGGAACUUUGUUCUCCGUUUUCUGGCAUCAUGUGGGCGCGAGCUGUGCUGUGCGCGGCGCUGCUGUCCGCGCUCUGCCCGGCGGGGAGGACGGAAGCCGAGAGGGACGGGAGAGACGUCCAAGACUACAGCUACUCCAACUCCAACAGACUGCUCGGUGCUCUGCAUGAAGUGCUGGAGAAGCUGCAGACCAAGAGGAUUAAUCCGUGGGAGAAGAAGUAUGGACAGGUCCCCUCUUGUGACCUCGGAGAACACUGUGCCGUCAGGAAAGGCUCUCGCAUCGGGAAGAUGUGCGACUGCCCUCGAGGAGCUUUCUGCAACUUCUUCCUUCUGAAGUGCUUAUGAGCCCGUCAGAUCACGAGUCAGCGAGUCUACUUUGACAUGUACAUUUUCCAAAUAUAUACGAAUCUGAAAAGAUGUAUAGUAGCCUUUAGAGUGGAACAAGUCCUCCAUGUUGUGUCAACAUGUUUGUCCAGUGCUGUGCUGCAUUAAAGCCAUUUUAUCUCA